AUGCCCGGCGACACUCGCAAGACGGAGCAGGAGAUCGCCGAAUAUGUCAUACCGACCUCUACUACAGAUUUGGAGGAAGUCCUUAGCCCUGCCGGAGGGAGCUCCGGUAAUGGCGAAGUCGAGCCGUUGAGCCCGGAAAGCGAAGGCGGCACAUAUCCACCCGGCCUCCCUCAUCCUCUGGGAUCCACGGAGCACGACAGCAGCAGCAAGUUCAAGCACGGUGCUGGGAUGCCGAAGCCGAAGAGCGGACCGCAUGCCGACGCCGCAUCCAAGUCCCCGAGAUAUGUCAACUUAGACUUCGUUGCUACUCCUUUUGUGGAGACCUUGGAUGUCGCACUACCACAGAAGCUGCCGCUCCCGCUGUUUCAGGGCCCGGCGAAGCCGGAGUCUUCUAACCCCUUUGACAGAUCUCUUCACGAUCGGGGCGAGUGCAAGCCCUGCGCAUGGUUCUGGACCCCCGGCGGCUGCCAGAAAAGCGACACGUGCGAGUUUUGCCAUCUCUGCCCCGCCGGCGAGCUGAAGGCACGAAGGAAGCAGCGGCUUCAGGAGCUGCGUGCCCUGAAACGUGGCGAGGUUCCGUUAGAGCCCAAGGUCAUCGACUGUGAAGCUUCGCCCUCAUCGAUGGGAGAGUCAAGCACGGAAUCUGCCCCGGCAGAUUCUGGCCCGGUGCGGGCUUUACCCUCCAUUGGCUCGGCAGCGCAUGGGGUCGAUUGCCGACCUUGUGCCUGGUUCUGGAAAAGUGAAGGAUGCAAGAACGGCAAGGCAUGCAGGCACUGUCACCUGUGUCCGGAGGGCGAGAUUCGUCGCAAGAAGAAGAUAAAGCAGGAGGACAUCAAGCAAGCCGUGGCAUCGCAGCGUGCUCAACAGCAACUACAGGACCACCUCGUGCAGAUGCAGAUGUUUCAGCAGAUGCAGGCAUCCAUGAUGGUGGCGAACAUGGUCCAGAUGUCACAAGCAGCAUUUCAACCCUUCUCGUGA